CAGCGGCUCAUUGUUUUGAUGGACAAAAACCGGAUCAAGAAUAUUAUGUUUUAACAACAAAAUUUAAAAGACCUGUUAAAGUUGCAAAAAUCAUCAAACAUGAGUGUUACGACCCUGAAAGUAUGUUCGAUGAUUUGGCAUUAUUAGAAUUACAAAGUAAGUUUGAUAACAAAACCGAAAUAAUAUCAUUACCAGAAAGUGCUCAAUACAAUGCUGAACAAGUUGGUAAAGGAAAAGUUUUAGGAUCUGAUACUAAAUCAAAGAGUUUAGUAUACUUAGAUGUAUCUGUUCUGACACUCGCAGAAUGUUCGGAGUAUUACACCAGUAUUUAUUCUCAUCAAGUUUGCGUUAUAAAUACAAAGACGAAUUCUUGUACGGCUGAAUCAGGUUUUCCCUUCAUUCAAAUUGUGGAUAACAAAAGUAUUUUAGUUGGUAUAGCUUCCUGCUCACUUGAGGAAUGUGCAAAAGCUCCUAGCAUGUACACACGUGUUGAUAAAUAUUUAAGUUUCAUAAAUAAAAGCAUCAAUGGAGAGAAAUUCGUUGCUAGAUGUUAAAUAAAAAAGAUAAAGACAAAAUUCACACAAAUUUUUU